CCUAUCGUCACUUCAAAGUUGACUCUUGAAUUUCUGUUGUUUUCUCUGCAUAGUAAAUUUUCAGAUCUUUUGCUCUGGCUUUGAUAACUCAACCACUAGAUAUGGAAGAGUUACCAGAAUACGACAUUCUCGAAUUCUUUCGCGGCGCUGAGACCGACACUGAGUUGAUGAUUCUAUGUUACGGCCUACGAUUUCACAUCACGGUCUCCGCCAAAAAUUUUCGAAACGAUUCCGAAACCACUGCUCAAUACUUGGCUCUUUUGCGAAAACUGGAUUCUGAGGACUAUGCUGGGGAGGAGAGUGAUGAAGAGAAUGAUGAGGGUGAUCCGAUGGAAAAUAUCUGCUUUUGGAUUGCAUUCAAAUGCAACUCUGUCAUGAAACUCUUAUCUUCGGAGGAGCAAAAACCUCGAGUGCGAACUCUUCACGAUUGGUUCAACAUGCAAACUUUUGACCUUGUUCCGAAAGCUGUGGAUGGGAAGUUCUAUGUUGAGUCGUCGUCAAGUCAGCAACCGAUAGGACAAUUCGCACCGAAGGCUAAUUUGUCUCCCCCUAUUCAAAAGCUCGAGAUUCCCUACAUCGAAGCUUCGACAGUCAAAAUAUUGCAGGAUGUGACGGAUAUGAAUUUUCCUCGGCGGCCAAAGAAGGUUUUAGUCGGGUCUGGUGCAAUCCGAUUCUUUAAACCAACUCACUGCAGUGAGCAAGCCGAUCGUGAGAUACUUGCAUUGAUCGAUAUCAAAUCCCAGGGCUUGUCAGAUAUUGUUCGCACUCCUGAGUUACAUGAACUAGUGAAAGGCCAGGGAGACCAUACCAGCGCCACCAUCUCGGGAAUCCUGCUCGAAUACAUCGAGCAUCACAGCACUUUGGCAGAUAUCGAUAUGGUUGCUACUCCUUGGCAUAUUCGGAAAAAGUGGAAAGAACAGCUCCAAAGUAUGGUGAGAAGACUGCAUGCCGCAGGAAUCAUUUGGGGUGAUGCAAAGCCGGACAAUAUUCUGGUUGACGCGAAUGAUGAUCUUUGCAUCAUUGACUUUGGGGGGGGGUUUACAGAAGGAUGGGUUGAUGCAGACAAAGCCGAGUCUCAGGAGGGCGAUCUUCAAGCGUUAUCUAGAAUUAUCGAUCUCCUCGUGGAAACUGAUAAUACUACAGGUCUUGCAGUGUAAGAAAUAAUUCGUGCUUUCGAGAAUGUGGAUCAGCCAGCAGAGAACCGCAAUAUCGGUGGAAAACUCGCUCCCAGAGUCAAGCUGGAUGAGAUGAUAGGAGAAGUCUUGACGACCCAGACUUUUCUGAGCGUUCGAAGGGUGGCAUAACCCUCCCUGAGGUUCUCAAUGUCAUCGACGGAGUAACUGCUCAGGAAGGGCGAGCUUGAUAAUACCACAAACGAUCCAGGAACUGUAGAACGGCGCUCCAGCACCCGGGCCGAGUGUACCGAACGAAUCUUUCUCUUCCAUUCUAAGACCCGAGCGACCGGAAGAGAUAUCAACGGACAAUCUUUAGAAUUCUUUGUGAAGCAUCCAGAUCAGCCUUACGUUGUCAAUCCUCAUACUUUGCCAAUAUGUUAUUCUUUGUAGCUAGUCUCCCC